AUGUCAUUGGGAACGAUGAUACUCCUCAAAAGAGAUGCAAUUGAUGAUGGUGCCCCCAAUCCCCGGGGCGACACUGUGGUGCAUGUCAAUAUCGCACUGGUGGUUGUUGCAGGAAUACUGGUCAUUGCACGAUUCUGGACCCGCAUUGUCAUCAACCACAUGCUUGGAUUGGAUGACUGGUGUGUCCUGAUGGCUCUGUUUAUUGCCAUCACCAUGACUGGGCUAUUCUACGGCGAGACAAAGAAUGGUUUCGGUCUUCAUUCAGACCAAGUCAACGAGGAACACUUUUUGCAAGCUUGGAAAUACUUCCUAUCGUGCCAGGUGCUAUACAAGGCUGCCGCUCUCUUUGCAAAACUGUCUAUGCUUUUCCUCUAUCUGCGGAUCUUCUCGUCGUCUCGCAAUUUCCGCAUUGCUGCUUAUAUUGUCAUGUUCAUAUGCUUCGGCACGGCCAUUGGGACUAUAAUCCCGACAAUCUUUGCAUGCCAUCCUAUACAGAAGGCAUGGACCCCAACCUUGCCCGGCACCUGCAUCUGGACUCCUGGAAUCUGGUACUCUAGCUCCUCUAUCAACAUCGCCACAGAUGUUAUGAUCAUCGUGCUACCAAUUGCUCAAAUCCGAUCGCUCAAACUACCCAAGGCCCAGAAGUUUGGGUUGGCUCUCCUCUUCAGUUUGGGGCUUUUCAUCAUUGGAACCUGUAUCGUCCGCAUCGCUACGCUUGGUCCGGCAGCAACUGCAAAGGACAGCACAUACUACCAGGCUCAGAAUAAUUUGUGGCUCGGCAUCGAAGUGAACACGUCCAUCAUUUGCACCUGCAUUCCACCUCUGAAGGCCACGAUUACCAGAUUCUUCCCGAAGAUCUUCCGCGGCUCGUCCUACAAUCGCCCGUCAACCAUAUACCGAACUAGAUCUGGAGCAUACCCGCUCUCUGACAGCUAUCAUGGAUCAUCUAUGAAGGGGGGCGCCUCAUCGUUCCCGAACCCUGCCUCGCCUACCAAGGGGUUUUCCACGACCGUCAUCAGUAGUGGCGGGCCCAAAUCAUAUCCCAUUAGUGAAUCAAACAGCGACGAAGUUGUCAUGCUGGAAGAUAUGGGGAAAACAGGAGCAGACGGCCAAAGACCCAAGCGCAGAGACGAUAUUCGGAAACAGACCGAUGUCGAGAUCUCAUAUCUGGAGGUCUCUUGA